GGUUAGGUCUGUAUAUAUACUUUAUAAGCAGGUAUAUUUCUAAAUUUAACUAAAAAAAAACCACAAAAUGAAAACAACCCGUCAGAAAAAGGCGAGAAGAAAUUUAAGCUUUUUUAUUAACAAUUUCAAAUUUAGAUCGCCAUUUCAAGUUCUUAUUGAUGGGACAUUUGCUUUGACUGCAUUAGAGAAUAAAUUUAAUAUACAAGACCAGUUAUCAAAAUAUUUUCAGUCUGAAGUAAAAUUAUUAACUACACCAUGUAUCAUUUUGGAAACAGAAAAACUAAGUUCAUUUUCGAAAGCAGUUGCUGGUGCCAUGCAAAUAGUUAAACAAUAUCCUAUACAUAAAUGUGGACACGAGAAACAUUCAGUUAGUGGCACAAAAUGUUUACAAUCUAUGGUUGCAAAAAAUAAUUUAUUUAGAUAUAUUAUAGCUACACAAGACAGAGAACUCCAAGAUUACUUAAGAAAAAGUCCAGGUGUUCCAAUAAUGUACUUACAUGGUAAAGCACCAACUUUGGAAGCACCUUCACAAGCUAGUCGUGAAUAUGCUGAAAAUAUUCGCAAAGGAUUAGGAAUGACUGAGUGGGAAAAAGAAAAUAUUAAAACAUUAAAAGAAGUAGCUGGAAUAAUUGAUGGAACAGAAGUAAAAGUAAAAAAGAAGAAGAAAAAGGGUGGUCCAAAUCCACUUAGUUGUUUGAAGAAAAAGAAUAAACCACAAACAGAAAUUUUAAAAAAUAUUAAGGAAAAAAGAUAUAACAGAGUUAAGAAGAGAAAGAAAAUGAAAAUAGCAACACAUAUUAAAGAAGCAUUGGUUGCAGAAUUAAAAAAUAAACAGAUA